AUUUUGGGUCACUCGUUCACAAUCGCUCGCUUCGUUUCCAACUUGUACUUCGUUUGGAUUUAUAUAGAGGUGCCUUUCGCUUCGUAAACUUGCAACAUAGCGUAGUUUAGUAUUUUCAUUGUAAAGAAAGCUGGCGGGUGUGCAAAGCUAAUGUGUUGAUCGUAAUACAAGUGUGUUGAAGUUAAUUAGAAACGAAAUAUCAGUUUAACUAACAAGUAGUGAUAAUAUUGUGAAGGAAAUAGUCAAGGACGAAGGGCGCGGCGCGUGGCUCGCAGGAACCAUGGACGAUGAUCAGCAGUUCUGCCUGAGGUGGAACAACCACCAGUCAACGCUGGUCUCUGUGUUCGAUACUCUGCUAGAGAAGGGAAUUCAUGUGGACUGCACUUUGGCUGCCGAAGGACAGACGCUCAAGGCACACAAAGUAGUUCUGUCUGCGUGCAGUCCUUAUUUCGAGAAUGUCUUAUCCCAACAGUAUGACAAACAUCCAAUUAUAAUUUUAAAAGAUGUAAAAUAUGCAGAGCUAAGAGCCAUGAUGGAUUAUAUGUACCGUGGAGAAGUUAACAUAUCACAGGACCAGUUAGCGGCUCUGCUUAAAGCGGCAGAGUCGCUGCAGAUUAAAGGCCUGUCGGAUAACAAGCCUUCCCGGCCACCGUCGCGCCCUGCCCAAGCCACUGCACACCCGCCGCGCGUCCCCUCGCCACCACCACAGGUCAGAGAUGGUAGCAUUGACAGCCGCGAAGGCUCUAUGAGUCCGACGCGGCGUCGAAAGAAAGCGCGCCGCGCUUCCACCGAAGUCCCCCCUGUAUUACCCGCACCCGCCACAGACGCUACACAAGGCAACGGAGAGGAACUGCCCAUGAAAGAAGAGGUAUCGAGAGAUGGGGUGGAGGAUCUGACCCUGGAUGAAGAAGCUGAGGAACAACCUUCGGUUACGCACAAUGACGUCGUACGCAAUUUCCAAUGGCACAUGGAAAGAUCUCAGGAUGAAAUAAUGAAUUCAAAUGACAGUGUUCGAGAGUCUCAAGAGGCGCACAAGGACGCGCAGCUGCCGUCGGCGCUGCUGUCGCUGCUGGCGGCGCAACGGCAGGCGCUGCCCGGCGCGCUGCCCGCCGCGCUGCCCGGCGCGCUGGCGCUGCCCGGCCUCAAGGCGCACCUGCUGCAGCUGCCCUUCUUGCACACGGCGCAGAGCCGCAAGGCCGACGAGCCCGACUCGGACGCCGACUACGACGACACGGACGACAUCGUGCUGCCCGACGAGAGCGACGCGUACUACGACGCGUUCGCGGCCGGCGCCGACUACGAGUCCAAGCACGACCUCAAGCUGGGCAAGCGCGACGGCAGCGGCUCGGACGACGCCAGCCGCCAGUUCGAGUGCCGCCACUGCGGCAAGCGCUACCGCUGGAAGUCCACGCUGCGGCGCCACGAGAACGUGGAGUGCGGCGGCAAGGCGCCGGCGCACCAGUGCCCCUACUGCGCCUAUCGGGCCAAACAGCGCGGCAACCUGGGCGUGCACAUCCGCAAGCACCACAACACCGAGUGGUACAUCUACGCCAACAACAACGAUAACCCGGCGGCGGUGCGGCGGCCAGUGACGGUGUGGGGUGUUGCAGGCGGCGAGGAGGCGUUCCCGCGGCUGGGCGGCCUGAGCUGGGAGCAGUGGUCGGCGCGCCUGGCGCUGCCGCUGGCCGGCCUGCGCGCGCCCGCGCCCGCGCCCGGCGAGCCCAGCUUCACGUGCCCCGACUGCGGCCGCGUGUACAAGCUCAAGUCGUCGCUGCGCAACCACCAGAAGUGGGAGUGCGGCAAGGAGCCGCAGUUCCAGUGCCCCUACUGCGUGUACCGCGCCAAGCAGAAGAUGCACAUCGCGCGCCACAUGGAGCGCAUGCACCGCGAGGUGCAUCUGAAGCCCGAGCAGUACCUCAAGCCGGACAACGUGGACGCGUGCACCUAACACUCGUCGAUGUCGAUUGAUCGCGUUAGGCUCCCGCAGCUAGGUUUCGUGCGGGGGAGUAAGUUUUUUGAUAUAUUCUUUACAAAUUUUAACUUGUUCAAUUUCCUCGAUUAUAUUGCCGAUUGUGAUAGAUGUGAUGAAAUCUCUCUUGUGAUAGUGGCGAGCCGGCCACGUUCGUUGAAGCCCUCUCGCCGAGGCCCGCGCCUGCCCUCGUUACCUGCCCCGUCGCCGCGGACGGAGCGCUAUAGAUACCGUUGAAUUUAAUCUCGAACGAAUUUUCACUUAGUAUUCACACUGGUUGCAGUUAUUUGCGGCGGUGUAAGCGACUGUUGCAUUUAUCGAAUAUGUUAAGGGAAGUGAUUGUAUAGUUACGCUUUUAUAUAUUUUUAUGUACAGCAUUUAUCGUGUAAAUUAUAUCAUUCCUGAUAUAGACGUUUAGGCGUGUAGCUUCGCUAGAUCGUUAUUUAGAAAAGCUUAAUUCCUUGUUACCAGUUACAGUUACUACGGACAUUUCGGUUAUAAAAAGCUGAAUGACUAUCUAUACUCAUCGGUGAAUUUAGUGUUUAAAAUUGUUUAAACGAGAUUAGUGUCCCGCACGUCGCGGGUCCUUAUUAUAGUGAGAAUGGAAAGAGUUAGAAUGAGUAAUUGCGUUCUUUUGUUCUAUUAAGUAGUUAUUAAAAAAAAAAAUGAAGCUAUUUGUCGCUUAGUAUGCAAGUUCUAGGUCUUUGCCAUAAUGCAUGUUCCAUUAUAUUUGUAAUACUCAUUGUAAGUUAAUUUUUUUACUUUUCAAUUAUUUUUAGAUCUCUUUUUACAUAUAAUGCAUUUAUUUUACAUUAAUCUAGAACGUAAACAUCUAUCCUAUAAUCGGAGGAGAUCCAAUAUCGUUAAGUGGUAUUAAUUUUAAGUUCCUGGGAUCUAAUGUGUGUAGACACGUUGUUUGAUGUUAUAUUUGGGGCCAAUUGUUUUAGGGUAGGUCUGACCAGUGGAAAUAAGUGCCUUAUUUAGAGUCGUUUGUUAAAUCGUAAUUUACAGUUUUUAUAGACUGCCAUGGAGGGAAUAGUUGUGCUCACGAGUGUGAGCCGCACAAAUUGUGUCAAUUUUUGGACGAGAUCAAAAUCUUCCACUUAGUUUGUAAGUACUUUUUAUACAUUACCAUUUAGACAUUGUAAGUGCGAUAUCGAGGUGAGUAAAAUUGUUCUCGUCGCUUUAUAUUAAACCUCGUGCUUUACGCCCGAGAGCUCUCGUCAUCGACGUCGGAAUGAUUUUGCUCCCGCGAUACCUAGAUAAGUAUAUUAUCUGCAGGAGUUACCAUCAUACAAUCAAAACGUAGAGCUCGCUAAGUACAACCAAUACAAGUCAUUUCAGUGUAACGUUUAAGUGCCUUUAGAACAUUAGUCAUUAGGAUUUAAAAUAUAUUUUCAAUAGAAAUUAUAAAACAAUCAUGCCAAUUAUUGUAAACGAAUCUUGAAAUUAAAUAGAUACUUGAACUUUUCUGUUGAGGGCACUGUGAAUUGCAUAUGCAAUCAUUUUCACAAUGCUCCCUACUUUAAGUUUGACUUGUCAAUUAAUAACGUAAUAUAGCUUUUCAUUGCGAAAGUCUAGGUUGUGAUUUUUGACAAUAUCAACAGAGCCUUCGAACACAAAUUAUUCUAGCCGAGUACAACAAAGCUGUGAUAGGAAUAUUCUCAAACUAUUAUGAAAAUUUUAUAUCUGAUUUAAAAUUCAUGUUAGGGUCAUUUCACACUGCAUAAGUACAUGACAAUAAACGUCUCUAGAUCCAAGUGAUUGCAUACCUAGUUGCUAAAUGUAUAGUAACCAUUACUAAAGUAUUUUACGUACUGUAGCAUGUAAUAUGACAAUAAGAAGUUACAGUGAUUUAAAUGCAUUUGAUUGUAUUUUAUAACCAUUUUGUAUUUUAAAUAAAGUUGCUAUUCUUGAUA